AUGAUUCCCGAGCUAGCGGAUCAGGAGUGGGUAUCGGCUCGGAUAUGCUGGGACGGCGACACCAAAGAUAUCAACUUCCGCAUCUGUCCGUUACCAAACACCAAGAACCUCUAUAUUGGCACAGGAGGCUCCGGGCACGGCUUCAAGUUCAUGCCAAUUAUUGGGAAAUACAUUGCGGAUAUGCUGGAGGGGAAGCUGGACAAGGAGUAUGAAGAGCUCUGGAAGUGGCGGUUUGGUGCUACGCCGGUCAAGACUGGGAAGGAACCGCAUCCAUGGCCGCAGAGGGACCCGGGGGAGUUGGUUGGAUGGAGGGGGAGGAAUGCGAAGGUUGUUAAGGGGAGGUUGUAG